GCAGGCAGAGAGCCGCUCCAGCCAGUCGCGCGGGCGCCAGCCAACCGAGCGGCUUGGGGCGGGGGGUUUGCAGGCGGUCUCACUCAAGCGGAGGACGGCGGUCUCGCAGAGGGCUUCAGCCUCUCGACGCCGGAGCAGCAGCAGCAGCAGCAGCAGCGGCAGCAGCAGCAGCAGCAGCAGUGGGAGAUGGAGCAGCGGCAGCGGCAGCAGCAGUGGGAGGUGGAGCAGCGGCGGCAGCAGCAGCAGCUGGAAGAGGUGGUAGAGGAGGAGCUGCUCGAGGAGGUGAGCGACGCGUGCCUCUCGUCGCUCAUCCACCGCUCCUCCAGCCCGGCGAUCGUCCUCUUCUCGGACGGCUCUCGCGGCAGCGCUCUUCUCGAGGGCAUGUUCAUCGAGUCGUCGCGCCGCAGCGGCGGGCUGAGAGUUGUCAAGGCGCCCAUCUCAAGUUGCGGCCGCCUCUGGCAGUGGACUCGCUCUCAGGGCCAGCCGCUGCAGUCGUUGCCCGUGUGCGUCCUCUUCGUGCGUGGGUCGCCCGUCGCGACGCUGGCUGCUGGCGAUUUUACGCCGGAGCUGCUCAUGAAGUGGUCGUACUUGGCCGGCUGAAGCCCGUGUGUGCGAAUCAGCGAGGGUCGGCGCUGCGCUGCUCGACACCGCCGCAGUCGGCGGGGCAGCGACGCUCGACACCCAUUUUCUUUGCACACAUGCAUGUUGAUUUGUCCACUGCCUUCGGACGUGUACCUGAAGCAGUGAGAGUGUGAGCAAUCAACCUCUCCUCUCUCUUCUCUACUUCCACACCUAGAUCCUAGUACGCCCUGCGGACUACCUGUGUUAUAUCGGUGUUGGCGGCACCGUACUUUACUGUAGACUCGUGUACGGAGUCUUCCCAUCGGCGUAUGACCGCA